AAAGUGCAAAGGGGAGCCAAACCCAAACAGGGGAGUUCAGAAAACAUUAAGAAGAGGAACAUGAUUAGCCAGAAGGGUUUUCAUGAAAACCUUAUAAUCAUCUUGUCUGAAAUGCGUGCUAAUAAACCCUAAUCCUAGAUGAUUAAGAAAGCUUUGAUCAAAUGUCUUUAAAUCUCUCUGGCGGCCGCAAGUUGCAGUGAUGAAAAUCUCGUUCUCCUCUGCUCGUAUCUUUCAAUAGAUAUAAUGGUAGUUUUCUAUCCUAAAUGCUUUCUUUGUUCAAUGAGAUGUUUUUCAAGCUUCCCUCCAACAAUUUCGCUGCAAUCCUUAAGAUUUCUACAGUUCUCACCACUUUCAUCGUCGUCAUCAUCAUCAUCAUUUCCUUCCACUCCCUCCCUCAAUGUCAUUUCAGAUUUUUUAACAAAAGAAUGUGGGUUUUCCUCUUCUCAAGUGACAACUGUCAUGAGAAGAAGACCAGAGCUAUUGAAGAGUAAAUCCGACCACACUGCUAGAGAAGUCAUUCAUAUGUUGAAGGAUUCCGGAUUUACUGACAACCAGCUUAAGAGCACCAUUCUUAGAAGCCCAAAUAUUCUUUCGCUCACUGUAGAUGGAAACCUGAAGCCCAAGAUGGAAUUCCUGAAAAGUUUGGGCUUGGCUCCUCACAUUAUAUCUCGCAAUUCCAGAUUGCUUACCAUUAGCUUAGAAAACUCUCUCGGUCCUAAAAUCACCCAUCUUAGAAACCUAUUUGGCUCAAAUGUCCAUUUGUGUCAGGCUCUAAAAAUUGUGCCUGAGCUUUUGACCGUUGAUUUCAAGAAGCAGGUGAAACCUAAAAUGGAGUACGUGAAGAAUAAUAUUGCGAGCCCUCUAUGCAGUUUUUGGCCAAAGUUCCGCAGCAUUUUUGCGAGCCCUCAAUGCGGUUUUUGGCCAAAGUUUUGAGACCCUGGAAAAGAAGAUUAAGCAUAUGGCAAGCCCUGGUCUUGCAGAAGAGGAAAUUCUUCAACUUCUUAAGCGUGACCCUAUAAUAUUGCGUCUUUAAAACUAAGAAAGUAAAGGAAAACAUGGAUUUCUU